GCACAGGUCAUGCGCGCGCUCUGAAGAAAUCCACUUCCUCCACCCCAACGGACUGAAGCAUAAAGUUACUGGCUUCCUGACUGUACCUCUCACAGAAGCGCACAAACUGGCAACGGCACGUGUCAACACACAUGUUGUUAAACCACUCUCACCAUGACUUUGAAUUCAACCAACAUGCCUGGCCUUCAGCCAACCACCGUUUCAACAACCAAUUCGACCAAUUUACUGGAUGAUCAAACGCUGGCACUGUUUAAAAACACCACCGUCAGCAACUUGAUUUCCGCAAUAUACCUCCUCAUCACCAUCGUCAACCUUACCAGUAACGGCAUGGCCCUUUACCUGCUGCUGUGUCGCACCUCCCCCAAGACGCCCACCAUCAUAUUCAUGAUCAACCUCACGCUCACCGACCUGGCCGUGGGCUGCGUGUUGCCCUUUCAGAUCCACUAUCAACUGGCAGGCUACAACUGGACAAUAGGCUACGUGUCGUGCACCAUAGUCACCGCUGUCUUCUACACCAACAUGUACUGCUCCAUCCUCACCAUGACAGCCAUCAGCGUCGACCGCUACCUGGGCAUUGUGAAGCCCUUGCUUUUCAGGGAGAUCCGUGAGAAAACCAUGUACGCCGUGGCACUGUGCACGUUCAUGUGGGGUGUUGUCCUGGGAAUUCUGUACCCGCUGCUGAAAGCAGACCUCCUCUACCCGGUGAACGAUCUGGGCAUCACCACCUGCUUUGACGUCAUCCGCAUGGACCUGCUCCCGAGCAUUGCCCACUGGGCAGGAUUCUUCGGAGUCAUGUUUCUCUUCUUCUUCCUCAUCCCCUUUGUGGUCACCAUCUUCUGUUACGUCAGUAUCAUCUGCAAGCUGGCCAACGACACCCACCAAAACGAGCAGAAAGGGAAGGUCGUCCGUCUCGCCAUUAUUGUGAUGUUUGUCUUCGUGGCGUGCUUCGCCCCCAACAACAUCCUGAUGAUCGUGCAUGCCGUCAGCAGACUUUACUACAAAAGAAGCCUCUACAUGGCCUACAAGCUAUCCCUGACGCUGAGCUGCGUGAACAGCUGCCUGGACCCUUUCAUCCUCUAUUUCGCGUGCAAAGAGUUUCGCAGAAAGCUCAGGCGGAUGCUCAGGCUUCCGACGCUGAGCAGUGUGGACACUCACGUGGGCCUGAAAGAGGACCUGUACUCCAUGCGCUCCCAUCCAGAGGACGAAGUCUUCAGCUGUAACGGCGAAACUAGGAUACUGCGCAUUGACAGCAUGCUGUCUGACCAAUGAUCUAAAUUAAGCAGAAGUUAACCGUGUGAACAAUGAACAGACCGUUGGUCACUGCUUAAUCACUGUUGGUGUUACUUUUUUUUUUUUACAGGUGUGGUCAUAUGGAUUACUUUUCACUGCUUCUGUUGAAAUGAACGUAUGGUAUAAUUUUUUUUUACUGAUCUGGGCAUAUUAUGUUACUUUUUCACUGGUAUUGGAUGGUUACUUUGGGAUGGUUUUGUUUAUGCAGAUUUGCUGUGAGCAUUGUAGCCUAUGGAAGGGCAUUAACUGUGAAGAGACAAUAAGAAUGCAAUGUUUUGUUUGUAUACUUUGUGAGCGUUUAAAUAAUGGUACUGAGCCAUGUAUGUUGCUAAAUUAUUUAUUCACUCUUGCAAUCAUUUUUUUGUUAAUAAUAAUGUUGGAGUAGGAAAGUGAUUGCUGAGAGUCUGACUAUACUUAUUGGAUGUCAACCAAGAAGUUCCUUUACACCUAAAUAUAAAUGUAGUUGGUAGCACUUUCUCAUCCUAGUAGGCAUUGAAUGGACUAUUCUCCUUACAGCACUUGUCUUUUGAUGUAUCAUCACAUGUAAUCUUUGUGCAUUUUGUGUUUUUGAGCCAAGUAGUUAUUGUCUGAAACCCAGUUAAGGAAUCACAUUGUAUGGGUUUCAUCAGGUCCCUUUAUACAUAUAAAAUCAAGCAUCUUGAUUAUCAAUGCAGACUGCAUGGUGCUUGAUUAAUACACCUGUGGAAAAGGACCUGAUGAAACCCAUGAAUUGUCUUCUUUUUUUUUUUGUUCACCCAUGUGGUCUUCUAAGCUAUAAUGUUGUUCAGUAUUGAAUUCAUUUUUUUCCUUUCAGUUGAACGAUUGAUUCAUGAACAUCUGUCCAUUUUGUGGAUUUGGUAUCCUAAUGCAGUAUUUGAGGUGUAUUGAUGAUUUGUAAAAACUUCUUUUGUAAAACUACUCAGGAAAAUGGAGUUUUGUUAUUGUUUAUUUUACAAGAGGAAGGUAAUCUGUGGUGUUUUCCAGUUGGUUGUAGAGUUUCUUUUUUGUUGGAAGUAAACCCGAAUGAGGUGUUAUAUGCUGUUACUGAUGAAUGUGUAAUUUCAAGGUGUUAUAACUGUGUUAGCUGUGCUACUUGUAUAUUGAAUGUGGCUUAAUUGAUCUGAUUAUUGCUUUAGGCUUCAGACUUAUCUUGCCAAACUAUUGGUAAAAUGACAUAUCAAACGGCUGUGAUCAAGGUGCAUCAAGCCAAGUCUACACAUAGCCUACUACAGCAUGCACACACAAGAUUGUAGGCUAGUUUUUGUUUUUAUUAAAGCAUUGGGGCAACCAAACAAGCUAUGCAACUGCAUGUGAUGUGAUCAUUAAUGCAAAUAAAUAAAGGUGGUUUUUAAUAAA